CCUGUAUUUGCCACAGAGCAUUAUCAUGGCGUGUCAUGUGAUGGCUGUUUAUCUUUUAGCGGCAAUCGCUGGUGUCUUUGUCAGCUCAUCGACGGCUAUUACGCAACCGACAAGCGGCUUGUUUUUUGAAAAAUGUCCAACAGGUACCAUUCCGGCCAGUUCUGUAUUUAACCCUGCCGUAGGAAAGCUCCAGCUAUCUUGUCGAGCGGCGCCUAUGCCCGAAGAAAAAUGUGAAACCAAUCCAACACCACGGUGUUCUCCCAAUUUUUCGUUUAGGGGCUUAAACCGACAAGGAGCGAUCUGCUGUAAACUGAAAGGUAUUGCUACGACAGAUUGUUUCAGACCUAAGGUGCUGUUUUCGAACAGAAUUGGGUUUGAAAUACCAAUCCCAAAAGGCUUCGCAGCGGUUGGUAGAUUCAGCUACGGAUCGUGCAAAGCAGAUCCAACCGUGUUCAUGCUCGAGAUUUGCAAAUUAACACCAGAAAUGCCCUACAGCAACACAUACCAUUGGAUUUAGUUAAACAUUCAUCAAUAUUUUUGGCAAAUAACAUUCGUACCCGUAUAGCAUUGUCAUGUUGCACACAAACCUCUUUGAUUAACAGUGUUUUUGUGGGAUAUUGCAGUGCUUAGACUUGCCUGUUGCUUAUGCUGGUUAGUCACUAUCGGGAGGGAAUGCAUGUGUUUAAGAUCAUGUUCUAUCGGGUAAUGUAUAAUAAAUGUUAUUUUGAAAUAACA